AUGCCUGCAAAAGAUGUUUCUAUUCGCCCGGUCACAGAAAAUCGAAGACGUUUCCGUUUUGGUGGUGAAAUCGCGGAUGAUAUAAUUCUUGAACUUCAACUUAUGGGUCUUGCUCUGGCAACAGGAAUCAUGGAUGCGACAACCUUCCCUGAUUACCAUGUUUUCGUCUCAAACCAAACUGGCAACACGGCUCUGCUUGCUGUCGGAGCUUUGAAUAUUGGCGGUGAUCUCGUGAAGCUUCAAAAUGUUGGUGUCAGUCUAGGGCUCUUCAUCGCUGGUGGCAUGAUAUUGGGCCAGAUGGGCAAUGCAUUGGGCCCACGACGACGACUCUGGCUUUUAUUCACCAAUCUGUUACAAACGACAUUAGUUUGUGUAGCGACAGGUCUGCGAUGGAAAUGCGCAACGCAUGACGGUACUCCUGGCUCACUUGUGGUACUUUCAUUGCUGGCUUUCGCGAGUGGGGGGCAGAUAGCAGUCGCGAGAACGGUCAACGUUCCAGAAAUUACCACAGGGAUGGUGACCUCAGCAUACAUCGACCUCCUUGUUGACCCACAUAUAUUCGCUGUCGAAAAUCGAUCGCGAAACCGGAGAUUUUUCUUCAUCUGUAACUUGCUUUUGGGGAGCUUUAUCGGUGCCACCGCAUACCACUAUGUGGGUGCUUCAUUAUCACUGCUCCUAUCGGCAAUUUGCAAAUCGAUUAUUACGAUGGCAUUAUUUACGAAUUCUGACGUCUCCGUGCGUGGUACAGACUCGAAAGAGAACAAAUGCACAGUAUUUUCUAUGGCAGCAGAUGGUAUCCUGCGAUCGGUGACUGCCGACAGAAUCUCUGAUAACUCAUUUCGUUCUGUCAAGUCUGCCCCGCCCUGA